AUGGAAGAGCAGACUACCACUGUGAUUCAGAUUUACGUUAAUGGCACUGAGCAGCUGAAUGCUUCAUAUGACUUCAACCUAACCGAUGUUAAAGAGAGUAUAGACACUUAUGAGUGUUAUAUCAUUGGCCUGUUUUUGUCCUGUCUGUACACCAUACUGCUUUUCCCCAUUGGCUUCAUUGGGAACAUCCUCAUUUUGGUGGUCAACCUCAACCACCGGGAGAAGAUGACCAUCCCUGAUAUGUACUUUGUCAACCUGGCUGUGGCGGACCUCAUUCUGGUGGCGGACUCACUCAUUGAGGUCUUCAAUCUCAAUGAGAAGUACUAUGACUAUGCCGUUCUCUGUACUUUCAUGUCUCUCUUCCUCCAGGUGAACAUGUACAGCAGCAUCUUCUUCCUGACAUGGAUGAGUUUCGACCGCUACGUCGCUCUCACCAGCUCCAUGUGCAGCAGUUCGUUGCGAACUAUGCAGCACGCCAAGCUCAGCUGCAGCCUCAUCUGGAUGGCUUCCAUCCUGGCUACUCUACUUCCUUUCACCAUCGUACAGACGCAACACACCGGUGACGUACACUUCUGCUUCGCAAAUGUCUUCGAGAUCCAGUGGCUCGAGGUCACGAUCGGAUUUCUGGUGCCCUUCUCCAUCAUUGGCCUGUGCUACUCCCUGAUUGUUCGCAUUCUCAUGCGCUCACAGAAACACAGGUGCCUUUGGCCCCGCCGGCAGAAGGCCCUGCGCAUGAUAGUAGUGGUGGUGCUGGUGUUCUUCAUCUGCUGGCUGCCUGAGAAUGUCUUCAUUAGCAUCCAGUUGCUCCAAGGCACGGCCGACCCAUCGAAGCGCACUGACACAACACUGUGGCAUGAUUACCCGUUGACCGGACACAUCAUCAACCUGGCUGCAUUCUCUAACAGCUGCCUGAACCCAAUCAUUUAUAGCUUCCUAGGAGAGACUUUCAGGGACAAGCUGCGGCUCUUCAUCAAGCAGAAGGCCAGUUGGUCUGUGGUUUAUCGCUUUUGCCAUCACACUCUGGACUUGCACCUUCCUGUUAGGAGUGAGUCCGAAGUGUAG